AUGGGUCGAUCAACACAUCAUGAAUGGCACGAAAUAGAUAGCAACUACAGCAGAGGAUUGGCUCAAUGGAUCAUCAACGUAUUGUGGUGGACAAGAUGUUUACUAGCAAUGGAUUUUGUCACGCAUGCAGUAGUGACAACCUGGGAUCCGAUACUUAUUAUAUCUCAGAUCGUCUCGUUACAAGCUUUAUAUUACAUCAUACUCAGCCUAUUAUUAUGGAUAACACUCAGUUUAUCAGGCAUGCCUAUGACAUUGGAUGCUCUAUUUCAAACAACAACUUUACAAACGGAUAAUGUAUUUGGUUGGACAUUGGGUUUGGUCGUAAUGGUGAAUGCUGUGGCAACCAUUCCAGUAGUGGUAGUGAUCGUACAACGAGCUAGACAAGUACUUGAUUUUGUAUUGACUCUUCAUGGUAUUCAUGUAUUUGGUUGUUGGAUUCAUAGUCAUCGGUUUCCAUCUACUUUAGCAUGGUGGUUAGUCCAGUUAGUGGCAGUCAUUGUUAUGACCUUGGGUGGUGAAUGGGCUUGUAUGCGUUAUGAAAUGAAACCUAUUCUUCUCAGUAACGAUAUGAAGAACAGCAGUAAAAAGGAAAUCGACAUGGAUAUAUCUUUGGAAACAAUAGAAGAGGAAACAGAUAUUGAUGAUCCAUCAUCAUCAAGAACUCAAAAGAAAGGAAAAAGGAAACAAUCGGAUGCAGAAAAGGAUCAUCAACGUGAAGACGAACAUCAAGAAGGACCAUUAACAGCAGCAGUAGAGAAAGCAAGACAAGUAUUCCUGGAUAAAAGUCAAGGCUGGAUCUCCUCUUCUUCCAAGAAUGCCAAGGAUUAUGAAAUCAUUCCUAUGAAUAGUGUUACCAAUCGAUAG